AUGAUUGCCCCACCGAGCGCCGACCAGGACAUUGACCGACAGCGCCAGUCGCAGUACCUGGACUUUCUCGACGACGAGAGCGAUGAGGGCAUCUACGCGGAGGCCGUCAAGCACAUGAUCAAGGUCGGCGAGCAGCGUCUGCUGGUGAACAUCAACGAUGUCCGUCGGAAGAUGCCGACGCGCGUCAAGGCGCUGCUGAACAACUCCAUCGAGGAGCUGGUCCUCUUCCAGAACGCCCUCAAGGAGUUCGUCGCCUCGCGCGACCCGGCCUUUGCCAACAAGUACGACGAGUUUCUCAUUGGCUUCGAGGGCAGCUUCGGCAACAAGCACGCCACGCCGCGAAAUCUCUCCUCCAGUCUGCUGGGCUCCAUCAUCGCCAUCGAGGGCAUCGUCACCAAGUGCUCUCUGGUCCGCCCGAAGUGGUCCCACUCGGUGCACUACUGCGAGGUGACCAAGAAGAAGAUUGAGCGCAAGUUCACCGACCUCACCUCACUCAGUGCCUACCCCUCGUCGACGGUGCACCCGACGAAGGACGAGGACGGCAACCUGCUGGAGACGGAGUUUGGCCUGUCGGCGCUCAACGACCACCAGACGCUGACCAUUCAGGAGAUGCCGGAGAAGGCGCCUCCGGGGCAGCUGCCCCGGUCGGUGGACGUCAUCGCCGACAACGACCUGGUGGACCAGUGCAAGCCAGGCGACCGAGUGCUCAUCGUCGGCCCCUAUCGCUGCCUGCCCAACAAGCAGGGCUACUACACCAGCGGCACCUUCCGCACCAUCCUCCUCGGCACGCACAUCAACCUGCUGAACAAGGAGGUGGACGCGGAGAUCAUGCCGGAGGACAUUAAGAAGUGCCAGCGCUUCUCCCGCCAGAAGGACGUCUUUGAGACGCUGGCCCGCUCGCUGGCCCCCUCCAUCUACGGCUAUGAGAUCAUCAAGAAGGCGCUGCUGUGCAUGCUCCUCGGCGGCAUGGAGAAGAUUCUCCCAAAUGGAACCCGUCUCCGUGGUGACAUCAACAUUCUCCUCAUUGGCGACCCGUCGGUGUCCAAGUCGCAGCUUCUGCGGUACGUGCUGCACUGCGCCCCGCGCGCCGUCGCCACCACCGGUCGCGGCUCCUCGGGCGUCGGUCUGACGGCGGCGGUGACCACUGACGCGGAGACCGGUGACCGCCGUCUGGAGGCUGGCGCCAUGGUGCUGGCCGACCGCGGCGUCGUCUGCAUCGACGAGUUCGACAAGAUGUCGGACAUUGACCGAACGGCCAUUCACGAGGUGAUGGAGCAGGGCCGGGUGACGAUCACCAAGGCGGGCAUUCAGGCGAAGCUGAACGCCCGCUGCUCGGUGCUGGCGGCGGCCAACCCCGUCUACGGCCGCUACGACCAGUACAAGACCCCGAUGGACAAUAUUGGCCUGCAGGACUCGCUGCUCUCGCGUUUCGACUGCAUCUUCAUCAUGCUCGACAAGAACGACGUGGACAAUGACACGGAGAUCUCCGAUCACGUGGUGCGCAUGCAUCGCUACCGAUCGCCCGGCGAGGCUGACGGAGAGCCACUUCCAAUUCGCACUCAUGCCGACUUUUUGACCACCAAGGACUCAUCCAAGCUGGAUGGCGAGGAGACGGAGACGCCCGUCUACGAGAAAUAUGAUCCACUUCUGCACGGAAAGCGCAAGCGAAAUGAGAAAAUUGUCAGCAUGGACUUCAUGAAGAAGUACAUUCACAUUGCGAAGGCCAUCAAGCCUCAGCUGACUGAGCAGGCCUCGGAGAUUAUUGCCCAGGAGUACACCAAGUUGCGUGACUUUGACCUGGAGCAGAGUGAUGUAGCCAGGACCCAACCCGUCACUGCUCGUACCCUGGAGACGCUGAUCCGUCUGUCCACUGCCCACGCCCGAGCCCGUCUCUCGACUACGAUUGACGACAUUGACGCGACUGCCGCCGUGGAGAUGGUGCAGUACUCGCACUUUCAAAAGGUGCUCGAGAAGCCUCGCAAGCGACGAACUGCCGCCACCGGAGACGAGGGUGACGAUGACGAUGAUGAGGGCGGUGAUGAGGGCGCUGAGGGUGAUGGAGAGAACAUGGAGACCGAUGAGGCGGCCGCCGGCCCGUCCACUUCUACUGGCCGACGAGGUGACGCCAAGCGAACUCGUGAUGUCUACGAGUUUGACGGCGACACUGAGGGCCCCGAUG